AUGUCCAUUUUUAGUUUACUGGGACUUAGAAAGGGGGCUACAGAAGAGGAGGUCAGAACAAGAUACUUAAGAAAGCUAAUCAAAAUACAUCCGGAUAGAAAUAAAGGCAAUAGUGCUGAAUACACAAAACUGAGAGAUGAAUAUGAAAAAUAUAUAAGGGGAGAAUCGUUUGAGGGCGACCCAUAUCUUGUCUGCAAUAGAGCAAAAGCCGAGUCCGUCAUUUGUAGGUGUGGAGGGAAAUACAAAAUACAUCAAGAGAUUGAUGGCAGAGUAGAGUGUGAGUUCUGUUCAUGCUUCAUAGAGAUAGAAGAGCUCCUAGGAUUGACAGAUGCAACCCGCAAAGCUCACUAA